AUGUCGCAAGACAAAGAGAUCGUGAUGCGGGGUGUGACGUUAGCUCCAGAAACUAUUCGAUUCAGUGAUAUAGAUGGAUGGAAAUGGAAAUCUGAGCAUAUUUGGCCACCGUUGAUUGAGGUGGGUGAGACUUGGGAAUUGCCUUCUGUGCUUAUUGAGAGGUAUAACACAGCCGGUGGGGAAGGAACGGCCUUGUGUGGGAUUUUUCCAGAGAUUCGACGAGCUUGGGCAUCUGUUGACAAUUCUUUGUUUCUGUGGCGUUUUGACAAACGGGAUGGGCAAUGUCCUGAGUAUAGCGGGGAAGGGCAGGCUAUCUGUGCGGUUGGUCUAGUGAAAUGUAGACCUGGAAUCUUUGUUGAAGCUAUUCGAUUUCUUUUGGUGCUGGCAACUCCUGUUGAGUUGGUUCUUGUUGGAGUCUGCUGCACUGAAGGACCUGAUGGUAGAGAUCCUUAUGCUGAAAUUUCAGUACAGCCUCUGCCUGACUAUACAAUAUCAUCAGAUGGAGUGACAAUGACCUGCAUUACAUGUACCGAUAAAGGGCGCAUUUUCACGGCUGGACGUGAUGGUCACAUAUAUGAGCUGCUAUAUACAACUGGCUNAAACUGGCAAAAACGUUGUCGUAAAGUGUGCCUUACUGCAGGCGUAGGUAGUAUGAUCUCAAGGUGGGUUGUGCCAAAUGUAUUCAAGUUUGGAGCUGUAGAUCCUGUUGUAGAGAUGGUUAUUGAUAAUGAAAGGCAAAUUUUAUAUGCCCGCACUGAAGAGAUGAAACUUCAAGCAUAUAUUUUUGGGCCAAAUGGGGAAGGCUCUCUGAAAAAGGUGGCAGAAGAAAAGAAUUUAUUAAAUCAGAAGGAUGUGAGCCANGGAAAUCGACAGUCAGCAGCGGCAGGUCGAUNUAACAAGCCAUCCAUAGUCAGCAUUUCACCAUUGUCAAUGCUGGAAUCCAAAUGGUUGCACCUUGUUGCUGCGUUAUCAGAUGGUAGGAGGAUGUAUAUUUCCACCUCGUCAAGUGGAAGUAGUGGUAACNUUAAUUUCAGUGGGUUCAACAACCACCGCCAGACUCCAAGCUGUUUAAAAGUAGUUACAACUAGGCCAUCUCCUCCAUUAGGGGUCGGUGUGGGGCUUGGUUUUGGAGCUGCAUCUNUUGCUGGUAGAGCUCAGAAUGACGAUCUCUCGAUGAAGAUUGAAACAGCUUAUUAUUCUAUUAGAACUCUCGUCCUUUCAGAUUCAUUGCCACCUGCUAUGUCUUCUCUUAUUGUUGUCAGCAGAGAUUCAGGCGUGCACUCUCAGGUUGGCGGCAGUUCAGGACCAAGUUCAAGGAGUCGGGCUUUACUGGAAGUUGUGUCCUCCCUACCCAUUGAAGACCAACUUGAAUACUGUGGACUCGAAGUCUCAGGAGAGUCUUAUGAAAAAGCAUGUGGAAAACUCUGGGCCAGGGGUGAUCUUUCAACCCAGCAUAUUUUGCCGAGGAGAAAGGUUGUCNUUUUUACCACCAUGGGUAUGANGGAACUNGUUUUCAAUAGGCCUGUUGAUAUCUUGAGAAGACUUCUAGAAUCCAACUCUCCAAGUAACAUUAUUGCUGAUAAAGCAGCUGAGGCUUUUGAGGAUCCCAGAAUUGUAGGAAUGCCACAAUUUGAUGGCAGUAGUGGAUUGUCAAACACUAGAACAGCAACUGGAGGUUUCAGCAUGGGACAAGUUGUUCAAGAAGCCGAGCCCAUUUUCUCAGGUGCUCACGAAGGGCUCUGCCUUUGUACGUCAAGGUUACUGUUUUCCCUAUGGGAACUUUCUGUGAUGUCUAAAAAAUCCAGUUCUGAACCUAUGUCUGAAGACGGAGCGGUGCUCUGUCGUCUGUCUACCAGUGCUAUGCAUGUGCUGGAAAGCAAGAUUCGUUCGUUGGAGAAGUUCUUAAGAUCUAGAAGGAACCGGAGAAGGGGGCUUUAUGGAUGUGUUACUGGGUUAGGAGAUGUAACUGGCUCUAUUUCAUAUGGCACUAGUUCAGAGUUGGGAACUACUAAGAGGAAUAUGGUAAGGAACUUGUUUGGAGCCUAUUCCAAAGGAGGCGAGUCAGCAAAUAAAAGACAGGGGCUUGACGCAAACUUAAAACAAGCUUUGGUCCAGUUGACAUUCCAUCAGCUAGUUUGCUCUGAAGAGGGUGACCAAAUUGCAACAAGGCUCAUCUCUGCCGUGAUGGAGUAUACUGGCUCAGAUGGCAGGGGAACAGUUGACGAUAUUAGCGGGAGACUACGUGAAUUCUUCUUAGCUGUUGAACGCCUUGAAAGAGCUGCUUUAACUUCAGAUGCUGCUGAAAAGGAGAAUGUUGCUAGGGAGGUGUUCAGUUUCUUGAGUAAGGUCCCCGGAUCUGCAGAUCUCCGAACUGUCUGCAAACGGUUUGAGGACUUGAGAUUCUUAACCAUGGGCGUCACUCCAUAUCCAGAGCAAGAGCAACUGGGUUGA